UAAUGAAGGAGUAAUAGAAUCCCAUAUUUGUGAUUUAGGGUUAUCUAAAAUAACUGAUCGUUCAACCAUACACGGAGAAAUUUAUGGUGUAAUGCCAUACAUAGCACCUGAAACAUUAUCAUCUGGUCAGUAUAAAAAAGAAUCAGAUAUAUACAGUUUUGGUGCAAUUAUGUCCGAAAUGUCAACUGGUAGACCGCCAUUUGAUGAUGAAUCACAUGACAUUGAGCUCUUGUCAAAAAUCAUAAAUGGAUUACGACCAAGAUUUGCACCAGGAACACCAGAUUGUUAUAUUCAAUUAUCAAAUCGAUGCAUGGAUGCUGAUCCAACAAAGAGACCAAGUGUUAAUGAAAUUUAUGACAAAAUAUCUUCUUGGUGGACAAAUCUUAUUAAAGAGCCAAGAAUUUUAAACAAAGAACUUGAAAUCAGAAACGAAUUUUUAGCAGCGGAUAAGAUCAUUCCCACUUUAAAAUUUACAUCACGAAGUCAUCCAAACGCUGUAUAUACAAGUAGAUCUAUUAAUAUACGAAAUAUUACAAAUACUUAUACAUCAGCUCGUAAGUUUUAA